AUGGCUUUCCAUCCUCCGUGCGCCUCCACAACUGGUGCGUUGCCGAGACCGAGCGUUGUGCGCGUCACUCCCCGUUUCUGUGACAUCUCUCAGCCGCUGCUGAAUCAGAGCUUCCGGGACCCUCUACACGUCCAGUCUCCGGCAGAAGAGCCGAGGGACAACCCCAAGGUCACUCUGGAAGCGGAGAAUCUGUGGAAAAUGUUUCAUGAAAUAGAAACUGAGAUGGUCAUUACUAAAUCUGGAAGGAGAAUGUUUCCUCCGUUUAAAGUGCGUGUAAAAGUCACAGGGAAAGCUGACCCUGAGAUGCCCAAACGCAUGUACAUCCACCCAGACAGCCCGUCCAGAGGAGACCACUGGAUGUCUAAAGCCGUGGCCUUCCACAAACUCAAACUCACUAACAACACUUCAGACAAACAUGGAUUUACAAUUCUUAAUUCGAUGCAUAAAUACCAGCCCCGGUUCCACAUUGUACGAGCCAAUAGCAUCCUGAAACUUCCCUUCUGCACCUUCCGGACAUACAUCUUCCCAGAGACGGAGUUUAUUGCGGUCACAGCUUAUCAAAAUGAAAUGAUCACCCAACUUAAAAUAGACAACAACCCAUUUGCAAAAGGCUUUAGGGAGACAGGAAAUGGAAGACGAGAAAAAAAGAAUACAUAUUGUUUGUCUAUUGAUGACCCAAAUGAGAAGGAAAACAGUGAUUCUGACGACUUCCCUGAGCCACUGUCUGAGCCGCUUUACUCUCCUCUGGAAGUUGUUAACGGACCACUAUUGUCACUGCACCUUCAACAAGAAGCAAAAAAUAAUGGCUCUUUAAAAGAAGAUGUGGACACUUCGUGGAGUGACACUUCCCGCAUUGACACGCUGGGAGAUGCAAUGACAACGCAUAGCAGAAUCCAUCCAUCUCUAUACAUGUGCCCCGUCCCGCCACAUUCUGCCCCCUUCCAGGCAGAGCUGCACCCACCACAGAGCACCAGCCCCUCACUGAUCCUCCUGCAGCUGGCCCUGUCAUCAGCAGUACCUUAUGGGGAGCUCCACCUGUACCAACCAAGCUUCUGGUCUUCAUCUCCUGUGCCUCCAGUUCCUCCCAGUCCAGUGAACCCCUCUCCUCCACAGCAUCUCUCUCCUCACAGCUCUCGUUCCAUUAUGAGACCAAGUCCUUACCAUAUAUCAGCAUCUCUCAUCUCCAGCACAAACCUACAGAGAGACAGAAAGAUUACUUGUCGGCUUUUCUCCACCGUUAUUGCUGCCUGUUCUUGUCGUCCAGUAAUGGCACAGCAGGACAGAGCUGCCAAGAGGAAUCCUGCGAUGGCCUUGCUGAACUCUCAUUUCAUUGUGGGCUCAGUGUCAGAGGAAAACUCUGAGGAUGAGUUAAAGACUGAUUUACAGCUUGAAGACAAGGAUUCUCGUUCCAUUUCACCAUCAUCUGGGAGUUCGGACAGCAUUAACGAAAUUGGCUUUGAUCAAGUUGAUCUCCAAAGUCUGAGGCCGAGCAUGUCCGGUCUUAACCUGGUGAAACCGAGCAGAGAUCGUAGACGCAUUGAUCUACAAAGGGACUUCACUGUUGCUUCCCCUGCUGAAUUUGUCACACGCUUUGGUGGCAACAAAGUAAUAGAAAAGGUGCUUAUUGCCAAUAAUGGAAUUGCAGCUGUGAAGUGUAUGAGAUCAAUUCGAAGAUGGGCAUAUGAGAUGUUCCGUAAUGAAAGAGCUAUUCGUUUUGUGGUGAUGGUGACUCCAGAGGAUCUUAAAGCUAAUGCAGAGUAUAUCAAAAUGGCCGACCAUUAUGUACCAGUGCCUGGAGGGACCAACAACAAUAACUAUGCCAAUGUUGAGCUUAUUCUAGACAUUGCCAAACGGAUACCGGUUCAGGCUGUAUGGGCUGGCUGGGGCCAUGCCUCAGAAAAUCCUAAACUUCCGGAACUGCUUCAUAAGAAUGGCAUUGCUUUUAUGGGUCCUCCAAGUCAGGCGAUGUGGGCCCUAGGAGACAAAAUAGCUUCUUCCAUUGUAGCUCAGACUGCUGGUAUCCCAACCCUGCCCUGGAGUGGGACAGGCCUUACUGUUGAGUGGACUGACAACUGCCAAACGAAAAAGCUCAUCAGUGUUCCACAUGAUCUGUAUGAACAUGGAUGCAUUCAGGGUGUUGAGGAUGGACUAAAGGCAGCAGAUGCAAUUGGAUACCCUGUGAUGAUCAAAGCCUCUGAAGGAGGUGGUGGAAAAGGCAUCCGUAAAGUCAACAUUGCAGAUGAUUUCCCGAAUAUGUUCCGGCAGGUCCAAGCUGAAGUUCCAGGAUCUCCUAUUUUUGUAAUGCAGCUCGCUAAACACGCCAGGCAUUUGGAAGUACAGAUCCUUGCAGAUCACUACGGCAAUGCCAUUUCCUUGUUUGGUCGAGACUGCUCAGUGCAGCGGCGGCACCAAAAAAUUAUUGAAGAAGCUCCUGCUACAAUCGCAAUUUCAGAUAUCUUUGAAGAGAUGGAAAAGUGUGCAGUGAAGCUGGCUAAGAUGGUGGGAUAUGUAAGCGCGGGUACUGUUGAGUAUCUCUACAGUCAGGACGGCAGCUUUUACUUCCUUGAGCUCAACCCUCGUCUUCAGGUUGAACAUCCCUGUACUGAGAUGGUGGCGGAUGUGAAUCUGCCUGCUGCACAACUCCAGAUUUCUAUGGGUAUCCCUCUUCAUCGAAUUAAAGAUAUCCGAAUGCUUUAUGGGGUCCAUCCAUGGGGGGACUGUCUUAUUGACUUUGAGAGUCUCUCCACUGCACCUUCACCAAGGGGGCAUGUCAUCGCUGCUCGCAUAACAAGUGAAAACCCUGAUGAGGGGUUCAAGCCUAGCUCUGGGACAGUGCAAGAACUCAAUUUUCGCAGCAACAAAAAUGUAUGGGGCUACUUCAGCGUGGCAGCCGCUGGAGGGCUACACGAGUUUGCCGACUCCCAAUUCGGACACUGUUUCUCAUGGGGAGAGAAUCGUGAAGAGGCCAUCUCUAACAUGGUCGUGGCGCUUAAAGAGUUGUCCAUUAGAGGAGACUUCAGGACAACAGUUGAAUACCUCAUCAAGUUACUAGAGACGGACAAUUUUCAACAGAACACUAUUGACACAGGCUGGCUCGACCGACUCAUUUCAGAGAAGAUGCAGGCUGAACGACCUGACACUAUGCUUGGGAUUGUGAGUGGUGCUCUCCAUGUCGCGGACGUUAACUUGAGAAAUAGCGUGUCCAACUUUUUGCAUUCACUCGAACGGGGUCAAGUGUUACCCGCCCACACGCUGCUCAACACCGUGGACGUGGAGCUGAUCUACGAGGGCAUUAAAUACGUUUUGACAGUGACGCGCCAGUCUCCAAACUCGUAUGUAGUGAUUAUGAACAACUCCUGCGUGGAGGUGGACGUUCACAGACUCAGUGAUGGGGGUCUGCUGCUGUCUUACGAUGGCAGCAGCUAUACCACCUACAUGAAAGAAGAAGUGGACAGGUAUCGAAUAACUAUUGGAAACAAGACAUGUGUUUUUGAGAAAGAGAAUGACCCUUCGCUGCUGCGGUCUCCUUCAGCUGGAAAAAUCAUACAAUAUACUGUCGAAGAUGGUGGCCAUGUUUUCUCUGGGCAGUGCUAUGCAGAAAUAGAGGUUAUGAAAAUGGUUAUGACCCUAACUGCUUCAGAGUCUGGUUGUAUACAUUAUGUGAAAAGGGCUGGAGCGGCACUGGAGCCUGGUUGUAUCAUUGCCAAACUACAGCUGGAUGACCCAAGCAGAGUUCAGCAGGCAGAGCUGCACACCGGGCCCUUACCAUCGAUCCAGGCAGUAGCUUUAAGAGGAGAAAAGCUUCACAGGGUCUUCCACAACACACUAGAUCACUUGGUUCACAUUAUGAAUGGAUUUUGUCUGCCUGAGCCUUUUUUUGGUGCCAAGUUAAAAGAGUGGGUAGAGCGUCUGAUGAAAACAAUGCGUGAUCCAUCUUUGCCACUGUUGGAACUGCAGGACAUAAUGACCAGUGUGUCGGGGCGCAUCCCUCCUGCUGUGGAGAAGUCCAUCAAAAAGGAGAUGGCUCAGUAUGCCAGCAACAUUACCUCUGUGCUCUGCCAGUUCCCCAGCCAACAGAUUGCAAAUAUCCUUGACAGCCAUGCUGCUACUCUCAACAAAAAAUCUGAACGAGAAGUCUUCUUCAUGAACACCCAGAGCAUUGUCCAACUGGUUCAAAAGUAUCGAAGUGGAAUCAGAGGCCAUAUGAAGGCAGUCGUAAUGGAUUUGCUCAGACAAUACUUGAAAGUAGAGAUACAGUUUCAAAAUGGACACUAUGACAAGUGUGUUUUUGUGCUGCGGGAGGAAAACAAAGUUGACAUGGCGAAUGUGCUAAACUACAUCUUCUCUCACGCACAAGUCACCAAAAAGAACCUUCUAGUAACUAUGCUAAUAGACCAGCUGUGUGGACGGGAUCCCACAUUGACUGAUGAGCUGAUGACCAUAUUGACUGAACUUACACAACUAAGCAAAACUACCAACGCUAAAGUAGCACUGCGUGCUCGCCAGGUUCUCAUAGCUUCACAUCUGCCCUCAUAUGAGCUGCGACACAACCAAGUGGAGUCCAUAUUCCUGUCAGCCAUUGACAUGUAUGGCCACCAGUUCUGCAUUGAGAACCUUCAGAAACUGAUCUUGUCUGAGACUUCAAUCUUUGAUGUCCUACCAAACUUUUUCUAUCAUAGUAAUCAGGUGGUAAGGAUGGCUGCUCUGGAGGUGUAUGUGCGCCGGGCCUACAUUGCUUAUGAGCUCAACAGUGUCCAGCACAGACAGCUGAAGGAUAACACCUGCAUAGUAGAGUUCCAGUUCAUGCUCCCCACAUCUCACCCAAACAGAGGGAACAUCCCCACUCUAAACAGGAUGUCGUUCUCGUCCAAUCUCAAUCACUACGGCAUGGUACACGCGGCCAGUGUGAGUGACGUUCUGCUUGACUCCUCCUUCACUCCUCCAUGUCAGCGAAUGGGAGCCAUGGUUUCGUUCCGCAGCUUCCAGGAGUUCACAAAGAACAUCAAAGAUGUGUUGAGCUGCUUUUCCGACUCUCCGCCACCAAGCCCAACCUUUCCUGAGGGAGGCAAUCCAGUGCUGUAUGGGGAAGAAGACACCAAGAGCAUUCAAGAUGAGCCCAUCCACAUCCUGAAUGUUGCCAUAAAGACUGACAGUGACAUAGAUGAUGAUGGUCUGGCAGCUAUGUUCCGGGAGUUCACUAAUUCAAAGAAAUCCUUGCUGUUUGAACAUGGCAUCCGCAGACUGACUUUCCUUGUUGCUCAGAAAAGAGAAUUCCCAAAGUUCUUCACAUUUCGUGCUAGAGACAAGUUUGAAGAGGACAGGAUCUAUCGUCACUUGGAGCCAGCUCUGGCUUUCCAGUUGGAGCUUAACCGCAUGCGUAACUUUGCCCUCACCGCUAUCCCGUGUGCCAACCAUAAGAUGCAUUUGUACCUUGGCGCUGCCCGUGUAGAAGCGGGCGCGGAAGUGACUGAUUAUCGCUUCUUUGUACGAGCCAUCAUUCGACAUUCUGAUUUGGUCACAAAGGAAGCCUCUUUUGAGUAUCUCCACAAUGAAGCAGAGCGGCUGCUACUUGAAGCCAUGGAUGAACUUGAAGUAGCUUUUAACAACACAACUGUACGGACGGACUGCAACCAUAUUUUCCUGAAUUUUGUGCCCACCGUCAUAAUGGACCCCUCAAAGAUUGAAGAGUCUGUGCGCUCCAUGGUGAUGCGAUACGGCAGUCGGCUGUGGAAGCUGCGUGUCCUUCAAGCUGAGCUAAAAAUCAACAUCCGCUUGACGCCAACCGGAAAGCAGAUCCCCAUCCGUCUGUUUCUGACCAAUGAAUCGGGCUAUUAUCUGGACAUCAGCCUCUAUAAGGAGGUCACUGACUCCCGGACGGGACAGGUGGGGCCCAAAGAUGGUCAGAUUAUGUUUCAAGCAUAUGGGGAUAAGCAAGGUCCUCUCCAUGGUAUGCUCAUCAACACCCCGUAUGUGACCAAAGAUUUGCUGCAGUCAAAGAGGUUCCAGGCUCAGUCUCUGGGCACUACUUACGUCUAUGACUUCCCUGAAAUGUUUAGACAGUCUUUAAAAAAGUUGUGGCACGUAACCCAAAAUUUUGCACACAUACCGAAACCCCCGCUGCCCUCGGAGAUGUUGACCUUCACGGAGCUGGUGCUGGAUCCUCAAGGGCAACUGGUGCAGAUGAACAGACUUCCAGGGGGCAAUGAGAUUGGAAUGGUGGCCUGGAGGAUGACCCUGCGGACUCCAGAGUAUCCUGCGGGCCGUGAGAUAAUUGUCAUAAGCAAUGACAUCACACACAAGAUUGGCUCUUUUGGACCUCAGGAGGAUGUGCUGUUUCUGAGAGCGUCAGAAAUGGCACGGGAGAGUGGCAUUCCUCGUAUUUACAUUGCAGCAAACAGUGGAGCUCGGAUCGGGCUGGCUGAGGAGAUACGACACAUGUUCCAUGUAGCCUGGCAAGAUCCUGCUGACCCAUAUAAGGGAUUCAAGUAUCUGUAUCUAACGCCGCAAGAUUACAAAAAGGUUUCCGCUCUGAACUCUGUGCACUGUGAACAUGUGGAAGACGAGGGAGAAUCUAGGUACAAGAUCACCGACAUAAUUGGGAAGGAUGACGGGCUGGGUGUGGAGAAUCUCAAAGGUUCGGGGAUGAUUGCUGGAGAGUCUUCUCUUGCUUAUGAAGAGGUCAUUACAAUGAACUUGGUCACAUGUCGGGCCAUAGGGAUUGGGGCCUAUCUAGUGAGGCUUGGCCAGAGAACUAUUCAAGUGGAUAAUUCACAUAUCAUUCUAACUGGAGCUGGAGCUCUCAACAAGGUGCUGGGCCGACAAGUGUACACAUCAAACAACCAGCUCGGUGGGAUUCAAAUCAUGCACAAUAACGGCGUGACGCACCAUACAGUAUGCGACGAUUUCGAGGGAGUUUUUGCACUCCUGCAGUGGUUGUCUUAUAUGCCCUUGUGUAAAACAAGCCCAGUACCAGUCAUCGCUGCCAAAGACCCCAUAGAUCGGCCUGUGGAUUUUGUUCCAACGAAAGCUCCGUAUGACCCUCGGUGGAUGUUGGCAGGACGUCCAAGCCAAACUCCAAAGGGCUCCUGGCAAACUGGAUUUUUUGACUAUGGCUCCUUUUUGGAAAUAAUGCAACCUUGGGCUCAGAGUGUCGUGGUGGGUCGAGCAAGGCUAGGGGGGAUACCGACUGGAGUGGUAGCAGUUGAAACGAGAUCUGUGGAGUUGUCCAUCCCAGCUGAUCCAGCCAACCUGGACUCUGAGGCCAAGAUAAUUCAGCAGGCUGGGCAAGUGUGGUUCCCUGAUUCUGCCUUUAAAACAGCCCAGGCUAUUAAGGACUUCAACAGGGAGGGAUUACCGCUCAUAGUAUUUGCUAACUGGAGGGGCUUUUCUGGAGGAAUGAAAGAUAUGUAUGACCAGGUGCUAAAGUUCGGAGCCUACAUAGUGGAUGGACUCCGAGAGUAUAUGCAGCCAGUGCUUGUGUACAUCCCUCCACAGGCAGAGCUCAGGGGGGGCUCUUGGGUGGUCAUUGACCCGACCAUCAACCCUCGGCACAUGGAGCUGUAUGCAGACAAAGACAGUCGAGGAGGGGUGCUGGAGGCAGAGGGAACAGUGGAGAUUAAGUUUAGGAGGAAGGAUCUUGUGAAAACGAUGAGACGAGUCGACCCUAUUUAUAUGAGCCUGGCUGAGCGACUCGGAACUCCAGAACUGAGCCCUCCUGAUCGUAAAGACUUAGAGACCAAGUUAAAAGAACGUGAGGAGUUUCUGUUGCCAAUCUAUCACCAAGUGGCAGUGCAGUUUGCUGAUCUUCAUGACACCCCUGGACGAAUGCAGGAAAAGGGUGUCAUCACGGAUAUACUUGAAUGGCAGACCUCGCGUCAGUUCUUCUAUUGGCGUUUGCGUCGGUUGUUGCUGGAGGACACGGUGAAAAGAAAAAUCCAAGUGGCCAACACAGAGCUGACGGAUGGACAAAUCCAGGCCAUGCUGCGUCGCUGGUUUGUGGAGGCUGAGGGGGCUGUGAAGGCAUAUCAAUGGGACAACAAUGAAGACGUGGUGAUUUGGCUGGAGAAACACCUGGCUGAAGAAGAGGGCGCCCGCUCCAUCAUCGACGAGAACAUCAAGUACAUCCGCAGAGAUCAUAUUCUCAAACAGAUCCGCAGUCUUGUCCAGGCCAAUCCCGAGGUUGCCAUGGAUUCCAUCGUUCACAUGACUCAGCACAUCUCCCCGACCCAAAGAGCCGAAGUGGUGCGCAUCCUGUCCACCAUGGAGUCCGCCUCAUCUUAA